CGCUGUGUUUCCUGUCUCCUCGGCCAGCCUGCUGACGUCACCGUCGGUCCCAGUAUAAACGCGGACGGUCCGGAGCGCUAUGUUAAUGAGCAGCUUCAGGCCUCCAAACACGGGUGAACCCAGCUGUCCGGAAACAAACGGCCUGAGCCGGAGGAGCUGGCGGGGUCCUCCCGGGACUGGCGCUCAGUCUGGGACUGUAUGACACGUUUGGCUGGAGCUGCGCAGAUAACGGUCCGAGCCAGAGCCGUGAUUUCCCGCUACUUUACCGACAGUAACGGACACUCCCCCGCCCGGGGUUCGGGACAGCACACGCCGCUUUGUGUGGGCGUUACAUGGAAAAGAAGCGCCAUGGAGUUUCAGCGGAGCCUCUCCCAGAGCUCGGACACGGUGAGGUAACGGGAGCGGGACGGGGUUGCCUCACACACACACAUCAGACAGCAGCAACCUGUUGCUGGUUGCCGGUGACGCAGAGAGGAUGAGCGGGACUACCGGACUGUUGCUGCUACUGCUCAGCGGCCGUGCUGCGUUCAUCGUCUGCCGGUCCCUGAACGCACCCCAGGAUGUGGGGAGUCUGCCUCGGGAUGAACAGACGGACGGUACCGACAGUCUGACAGCCACGGUGACAGGUGUGGACAGACGCCAACGCCCACUGCUGGCAAAAACUCGCCCAUUCGUUCUGGUGGACGGGCAGAGACGGAGCCUCGAGGAAGCUUUCCGGGAUGGCCACCCUGACAGGCUGCAGUGUGGGCUGGAGGUGGGAGGAAGACUCUUCCUGCUGGAGCUGGAGAAGAACCACGACCUGCUGCCCAAACCGCCAAACGUCUUCUACUACCUCCCCAACGGUACCGGAGUGUCUGUAAUGGCCAACCCUGUGACUCACUGUUAUUACCACGGCAGCGUCAGAGGAUUCCCCCAGUCCAGAGUGGCUCUGAGCACCUGCUCGGGACUCCGUGGCAUCGUCGCCCUGAACGCCACCCUGAGCUUUGAGCUGCAGCCACAGGAAGAGCACCACCAUCACCACCACCAGGCGAGGGAGGAAGAGGAGGAGGAGGGUGCAGGAGGGGAGAGUGGAGGAGGAGGUGAUGAUGAUGAAGGAGGAGUCCACCUGCUGUUCUCCACCACCCCCCUGGAGGAUGACGCUGCAGGAGGCUGUGGAGUGUCGCACACCGCCGUCCCCCCCAUCCACAGCUCCACACACACACACAGGACGAAGAGAGACAUCCUGUCUGAGACCAAAUACAUCGAACUGGUGCUGGUGGCCGAUCACCAGGAGUUUCUGAAUUACCAGAAGAACAAUAACACCAUCAUCUACCGCAUGCUGGACGUGGCCAACCAGGUGGACUGGUUCUACCGUCCCCUGAACGUCCGCGUGGCGCUCACGGGUUUGGAGAUCUGGAGCGACCGCGACAAGAUCCGUGUGGAGAAGAGCCCGACCGACACCCUAAGCAACUUCCUGGAGUGGAGGACCAGAGACCUGCUGCCACGCCUUCGCCAUGACAACGCCCAGCUCGUCAUGGGCGGGUCCUUUGACGGCACCACAGUGGGGAUGGCGUCUCAGUCAUCCAUGUGCUCCAGAGACAGGUCGGGCGGCGUCAACGUGGAUCACCUGGUCAGUGUUCUGGGCGUGGCUUCAACUGUUGCUCACGAGCUGGGUCACAACCUCGGGAUGAGCCACGACACCGCGGAGCGCCACUGCUCCUGCCAGAACGAGCCGCGGCUCGGGGGCUGCAUCAUGGAGCCCUCAACCGGGUUCAUGCCGGGUCAGCUAUUCAGCAGCUGCAGCGCUGCAGAUCUGUCCGUCAGCCUGCUGCACGGCGGCGGUAUGUGUCUGUUCAACGUGCCACAGCCGGAGCACCUGCUGGGAGGACCUCGCUGUGGAAACCUCUACGUGGAGAAGGGAGAGGAGUGUGACUGCGGCCUGCUGGAGGAGUGUGAGGACCCCUGCUGUAACGCCUCCACCUGUAAGCUGGUUCCUGGAGCUCAGUGCUCAUCUGAUGGUAUCUGCUGCCAGGACUGUAAGCUGCGAGCGGCGGGUUCGGUGUGUCGUGAGCCUCUCGGGGAAUGUGACCUCCCUGAGUACUGCACAGGCUCCUCCCCCUACUGCCCCCCCAAUGUAUUUCUGCAGAACGGGGAACCCUGUGAGGAGGGCGCCUCCUACUGCUAUGGAGGAGUCUGCGCCAGCAUGCACAGCCAGUGCCAGACGCUGUGGGGACCCAAUGCCACCAGCGCUCCCGCCGUCUGUUUCUCGUCUGUGAACAAAAAGGGAAACAAAUAUGGAAACUGUGGUCAGCUGACCAACGGCUCCUACAUCCCCUGCAGGAACUCGGACGUUCACUGCGGCAGGAUCCAGUGUCAGGGUGGGAGGGACCGCCCCCUGCUGGGCACCAACGCAGAGAUCCUCACCACCAGGGUCCACUUCAACAACAGCGACCUGGUCUGCAGAGGCACCUUCUUCCACCUGGGUGACGACGUGUCCGACCCCGCCACCGUGGCCCACGGCACCGCAUGCGGCCGCGGCAAGGCCUGUUUGAACCAGAAGUGUCAGGAUGUGUCAGUGUUCGGUGUGGACGAGUGUCGCAGGAAAUGCAACGGCCACGGGGUGUGUAACAGCAACAGGAACUGUCACUGCGAGGUGGGCUGGGCUCCGCCCGACUGCAGGUACUCGGGUCACGGCGGCAGCGUGGACAGCGGCCCGGCUCGAGCGCCUCGAGAAUCGGAUCCAGUACGAGUCGCCCUGCUUGUCAUCUUCCUCUUCAUCCUGCCGGUGGUCCUCCUCUUCCUCGCUCUUCGUUUCCCUGGUUUCCGUCAGCGUCUCUUCUGCCUGGGACCGAACAGCCCAUUUCAUAAAGCUCGACAGCACAACCGGACUCCGGCGAUGGAGCGAGUGGACGGCAGGAACGGAGAGCAGGUCCGACCUCUCAGAUACCACCUGAACCCUCAGACGGACAUCCCGCUGACCCCGCCCCAAAAAGAGGUUCAUGACAGACCUGCUCCUCCCACUAAGCCACUCCCCCCAGACCCUGCUCUAAAACCUCCACCGCAGGUUUCUGUUCCACUCAAACCUCUAGUCCCAAAAAAGCCCCGCCCUCCAGCCAUGCCGUCCAACCCCUACCUUCCGCCACACCCCGUCUACAACUCCAACAGUAAACCGCCGCCACACGGGGCAGUCGCACCUGCUGCUGCCGGACCCAACAGACGGCCUCCUCUUCCUCCGCUGCGACCCGCCGUCCCUCUGAAGGUGGAGUCCUCUCCUCCGCUCUGACCCCCCGGGUGACCUUUGACUGAUCACAGAGCAGCUGAAGGUGGAGACGAUGGAGAUGAUGGAGACUCGCUGUCACCGGAUUUCAUCCUCACGAGUAUUAAUGAGCGCUGCUGUAUCUCUGGAGUUCAGUGCCUUGCUCAGCAGCACCUCGGCAGCGGUUAAUGUGGAUGUUUGGGUGACGUCACGUUCAUUCAGUGCCUUGCUUAAAGACCCUCGCACCGACCUAUGAUUAGUGGUUUCCAAACUGUGGUCCGCGGCCCAUCUGCAGACGUUUCGGUUGUUUGUUUUUUUUAAGACGUUGUUUUUAGUGAAACUUUGUUUUUUUUAAAUAAACGCGUAUGCGCCCGGACAGACUUCCUGCCUGCUCCAGGAUCUUCUGAUCAACAAAGACUUGGAUGAAUGUUCGAGUGGGCAGCAGGAGAUGAGUCACAGAUUUGCUACGUUUUAUUUUCUGUUACAGAGAAAACAGAUUUUUUGCUCGGAAUAUUUUUAUGAAGAUUCCCACACACAGGCUCGAGUCGCUAUUGGACAACAUCCUCGCUCUUAUUUUGAAAGCUGCACUGCUGCUGACCCGAGCCCAGCUCUGUUUCCCUACAGACGCCGUCUCUGCGUCCGCAGCUGGCGAUGACUCUGUGCUCCUCCCUCUCCUGGGAUACACAGUGAGCUGGACGAGCGACCAAUCACACCCUGCAGCAGGUGUACAGGAAGUGCAAUCACCAGCUGAGCUCCGCCACAGUCAGAGGAGAGGCGGCUGAUGACGGCUCCUCCUGGCACAGAGUGGGCACAGAGCAGCAGUCUGGUGCGUUGUGAUCCAUGCGUGACUUCCUGCCUCACUGAUGCCGCAUAUGCAGCGUCACUGUGCAGGAAACGCCGCUGUCAGGAAGAGCGACUGCGAAUAAAGCUGUAACGCUGCUAACUGUGCUGACUUUAUUCUGAAAAUGUCUCCAUCCUAACUUUCACGUAUUCACAGGAAUAAAGUAAGACGAGGCUUUUGGCCGUCAUCACUUUGAUCUCAGAGCUUCAGCCUUUAUUUUGCAAAUGUCACAAUAAAGGAUCAGGACUUUAUGCUGUUACGUAAUGUCAGUGAGCUUUUGUUUUUUUAAGGUUUCUACUGUACAAACGCUGCUCUGAUGGCGUCGGUCUUUGCAGGUUUUAUUUUAGUGCUUUUUAUGUACGUGUGUACUUUGACUUUAUUGUGAAAAUCUGAGGUUUUUGUUCUUUUCUUAAAUGUUCGCCACACCUCUCUCGCCUUCGCCCGCGUGUUUCUACACCUGCUGACUGUGUUUAAUUUUGCUGGCUCGUGUUUUUUUUUUUUUAUUUUCUGAACCCGCCUUGAGAGCAGAGACAGCAGGAAUGUGCGCCGAUCGUUUGUAACGUGACACCAAAGAAACGCUGGGAGACUAAAGCGAUGAAGAUUCAGAGGAAGGUUGAUGUGAGCUGCUAAAGGAGCAGUUUGCAGUUUAACCAUCGCCUCGUCGCCUUCUCGCUUGCAGCUGUGUGACGUGCUUCAAUUUAAAGACAUCUGAGAAAACGUGACUGUUGCCUUUUUGUAGUUUCUGUCCUUGGAUCCUGGAGGUGGACCGAGCGGUCCCCAGUCACCCCGAGAGGGCUGGGGGUUGAUUCCUGUCCAGCCUGUGUGCCUGCUAUUAGAUUAAACUGCAGUGAUGUGAAUAAAAGAAA